GCGCGUGCGCAUAAAACGACGGUGCAGCGCCAAGCGACACACAAUCACAAGCCGGCCGCACGCCGCAACACCGCAACUCUUCAAAAUGAGAGUGAUACUGGCGACGUUGGCCGUCCUGGCGGUCUUUACGACUGCAAUUGAAGCGGACAGCAAAGCGCGCAUAGUAUGCUACUUCAGCAACUGGGCGGUGUACCGGCCUGGCGUAGGUCGCUAUGGCAUUGAAGACAUCCCCGUCGACCUCUGCACUCAUAUCAUCUACUCCUUCAUUGGAGUCACUGAAAAGUCUAAUGAAGUUCUCAUUAUUGAUCCUGAGUUGGACGUAGACAAGAAUGGCUUCAGCAACUUCACAGCUCUUCGCAAGUCGCAUCCUGAUGUUAAGUUCACGGUGGCCGUCGGUGGUUGGGCCGAGGGAGGAUCCAAAUACUCACAUAUGGUCGCACAAAAACAAACGCGAAUGGCCUUCGUUAGGAGCGUUGUUGAUUUCUUGAAGAAAUACGAUUUUGAUGGUUUGGACCUCGAUUGGGAGUACCCUGGUGCUGCAGACCGUGGUGGUUCCUUCUCCGACAAGGAUCGGUUCCUCUUCCUCGUCCAGGAACUAAGGAGAGCAUUCAUCAGGGAGAGGAGAGGCUGGGAACUGACUGCUGCCGUACCACUCGCCAACUUUAGGCUGAUGGAAGGUUACCAUGUGCCUGAUCUUUGCCAGGAGCUGGAUGCUAUACACGUGAUGUCUUAUGAUCUGCGAGGAAACUGGGCUGGAUUCGCUGAUGUGCACUCGCCUUUGUACAAACGUCCCCAUGACCAAUGGGCUUACGAGAAACUCAAUGUUAACGAUGGUUUAGCUCUCUGGGAAGAAAAGGGUUGUCCAAGCAACAAGCUGGUCGUCGGUAUUCCGUUCUAUGGUCGCUCAUUCACUCUGUCAGCUGGUAACAACAACUACGGUCUUGGUACUUACAUCAACAAGGAGGCUGGAGGUGGUGACCCUGCUCCCUACACCAACGCUACUGGAUUCUGGGCUUAUUACGAGAUCUGUACCGAAGUCGACAAAGAGGGCUCAGGAUGGACCAAAAAGUGGGACGAACAUGGCAAGUGCCCCUACGCCUACAAGGGAACUCAAUGGGUCGGUUAUGAAGACCCUCGCAGUGUGGAGAUCAAGAUGAACUGGAUCAAGGAGAAGGGAUACCUCGGCGCUAUGACCUGGGCUAUUGACAUGGAUGACUUCAAAGGUCUUUGUGGCGAUGAAAACCCUCUUAUCAAGCUUUUGCACAAACACAUGAGCACUUACAACGUACCGCCACCGCGCUCUGGAAACACUACUCCUACGCCUGAAUGGGCGCGCCCACCGUCAACGACGUCCGACCCGUCGGAGGGAGAGCCAGUCGUGAGGCCAUCUACAACCACUAAGCGGCCUACGAAGCAGCCGACCACAUCGAAGCCUCCAGUCAUUAUUGAAGAUGAUGAAAAUGAUAUUGCCGUGAGACCUGAACCACCGAAGGCUCCUGAGGCGCCAGUGGUCCCUGAAUCUCCUGAAGUCCCAGAAUCACCUGCUGAGAAUGAGAUCGACGACCAUGAUGUCUGCAACUCUGAAGAAGAUUAUGUGCCUGAUAAGAAGAAAUGCAACAAGUACUGGCGCUGCGUCAACGGAAAGGGAAUGCAGUUCACCUGCCAACCAGGAACAAUGUUCAAUACAAAACUGAACGUUUGCGAUUGGCCCGACAACGCUGACCGUCAAGACUGCGAGCUGUAAUCGUGCGUGAAUAGGGCGCUUUACUGGUCAUUGCAGAGAUACCGUUUGAUCGAAAUCGCAUUCUCCUUGCAAGACAGCUGAUAAAUUGUGUGGAGGAGCUGCGGGUUGCAUACUUCAAUCACAGGUGACUAGGGACGAAUGUAGAGCCAAGAUGGCCGUCAAUAAAGAAGCAAUUAGCAAAUGAGCAUCUGUCACAUCACAUGAAGCCAUACUGCAAAUUGUUAGCUAACGUCUAUAAAUUCAACAUCUGUUUUGCAAGACUCAAUUUUGUUAGCUUUAUAAAGCUACCAUUAUUUAACCUAUUAACUUGAAGCUACGAAAAUAUUAGUCAUCUGUAUGGGAACACAAAGGGCCGCUAAUAAACCUUUGUGUGGUCAGCCUCUUGGGUGGAUUUUGAUAAAAUGGUAUCUUUCCUUUACGCAAUGAAUCAUAAUAAUGGUCGUAUUUACGAAGUUUUAGGUUACUGAACAAUAUUGUCGUAUUUUGUUAUGAGGCAACAUAAUACGCCAAUGUUUUCUUGUCUCUAGUUUGUAACUGGAUAGGAUUAUUGUGAUGUUAGGCUAGACAUUUACGGUUGUAAAUAAUAUGUUUGAUUUUUAGAUACCCGUUUAAUUGGAAACAUUUAAAAACUUUCAAUUAAACGAUACUCUAGUAAGAAGAACAAAAAUGAGAUUAUUAACGUAACACUGCCUAAAAUCAUGUACAAGACUGCGUCGCAUCGAUAAGAUUAGAAUUAUUUUAAAUAAGCAACGAUAUACGUUCAUUGAUAUAAGCAAAUAUCUAUCUUUAAAUGUCUCCGUAGGUAUAUUUAUACAAACAGAAUAAGAAAUACUAUAAAUAAGUCGUGAAACAUGAAUACUUUUAUUUGUUCACUCUAGUUUGUUAAGAACUUGCAGUUUGCGUCGAUAACUCCAUUCAACAGUUAUAAAGUUAUGGCAGAAAAUUGUGUUUAUUUUAUAAAUUUUGUUUCGACGCGGAAGCCAAUUAGACUUCUCCCGGCUUUGGAGAUUUAAAUGAAUUUUCCAAGCACUUGUCGCGGCUGGUCUCUGGCUUAACCACCCUUAUCUUAAUUUAUUUAUUUUAAUAAUUUUAAGACAAUAAAUUAUGGUAAAAAUU